AAAGUAUCUAUUAGUUUGACAAUUCACAGCUGUUGAUUUGUUGUUUAGAGAAUAAAAAUUAAGUUACUUAAAUAAAGUUACUAAAUAGGAAGGAAAUAUAUUAAAAAUCAUGUUCAAUAACAUUGUGGCUAAUAAAUUGAAGUAUUUCUUUAAUUUCAAAGAUGUUUAUAGAAAGUACAGUCCAAUUUCUGCAGUUUUUGAGAAGGUUAACGUUGGUGAAGUAGCCGAAGUGAAGGGUUGGGUGAAGAAUUUAAGAGUACAAAAAGAACUUGUAUUUGCCGAUGUAAGCGAUGGUUCAUGUGCAAAGAAGCUACAGAUUGUGAUACCGAAAAAUUUGAAACCGGAUUCUCUCACUUACGGUUCCUCCGUUCAUAUAACCGGGAAAUUAACAAAAAGCCCGCGAGGACAGUUAGAACUAGUUGCAGACAAUGUCAAUGUCCUGGGAAGUUGUGUUGUACUGGACGGCUAUCCCUUUAACCCUCGAACAACGCAUCCACCCGACUACACUAGACAGUACCUGCACUUACGGUCACGCACUAACUACAUAUCGGCCAUACUGAGAGUCCGCAGCUCACUCACAAAGCACAUAAGUGAUUAUUUUGCUGCUAACAACUACUUAAACAUACACACACCAAUACUCACAUCAAAUGAUUGUGAAGGGGCCGGUGAAGUGUUUAAAGUGCAGCCUGAAAACGAGGAGACAAUAAAAGCCAUGAUGCAAGAGGGGCGAGACAAGGAUACAGUAUAUUUUGGUACAAAAACAUUUUUGACUGUCAGUGGUCAGUUACAUCUGGAAGCAAUUUGUAGAAGUAUGGGUAAUGUGUACACACUAGGGCCAACAUUUCGAGCUGAGAAUUCUAGAUCUAGGCUACAUUUGUCUGAGUUCUAUAUGUUGGAAGCUGAAGUAGCAUUUUGCCACACUUUAGAACAGUUACAAGCAGUUAUUGAGGGUUUAUUACAAUAUGUUUUUAUUCAAACAUGGAAUUCCAAUGAAGCAGAUUUGAUUUUAAUAGAUAAAGGGAAUAAACCUCCGUCUUGGUUGGAACAAAAAUUUGUAACACUGACUUAUGAUGAAGCAAAAAUUGUUUUACAAAAGAAAGGCAUGACCGUCAUUGAUGAUAUAAAUAAAGAACAGGAGUUGAUGCUGGUUGAGUAUUGUAAGGCUCCAGUAUUUGUGACAAGAUGGCCGAAAGACAUGAAGUCAUUUUAUAUGAAGGAAUGUGUUGAUGAUAAUACAAAGGUGGAUGCCCUGGACCUCCUCACGCCAAUCACAGGUGAAGUAGUUGGAGGAAGUCUCCGUGAAGACAAUUACGAGAGAUUAAAAUCAAAACUACCCUCAGAAAGGCUGAACUGGUAUUUAGAUUUACGGAAGUUCGGUAACAUACCCACUGGAGGCUUUGGUUUAGGCCUUGAGAGGUUAUUACAAGUGUUGUGUGGAGUUAGUAAUAUAAAAGAUACCCUGCCUUUCCCACGAUGGCCUCACAAUUGUGAUAUGUGAAAAAUGUUUUAUUUAAUCUGUAGUAGAUAUGGUAUUACUUUUUCUAUUGAUUUGGAAAAUUGGUGCGUUAACAGCGAUUGUCUCUGGUAAAAAUAUUAAUGCCACUCGUGAGUAAGUUUUGGCUGGUUAUAAAGACUGGCGCUAAUGUAAAAUGAUUGUAUUGAUCAGCACAAAGAAAAUACACCAAUGUUGUUUAUGCACACUUAUGUUUAUUCUAUUGUAAAAAAAAUCCAAAUUCCUACUAGUCAAUUGACGAAAAACCAUGAUUGUAUAACUUUGUGAUCAUAUAUUAUGUGUAGUGAUUUAUGUAUAUUAUUUAUCAUGUAUAAUAGUGUAGUGUAAAAGGAAAUAAAAAAGUCUUUUAUCAUCA